AUGCAGGCCAAUACUAAGAGUUCUGUUGAAGUCAGUGAGAAUGUUCGUAGACGUAGGGCCACUGUGAACUUGUCACGUUCCCUUGGCUGUCAUAGAUCCACUUAUAACAGAAGGUGGAAUAAAAUGAGAGCUGCUUUCAUGAAAAAAUAUGACUUUCUUUCGUUCAGUGAGUUUGCUAAUGAAAGCACCCUAAAAGAAGUAAAGACAGAAACCAGUUGUAAUGACAGUACUUCAACUAUUACAGCAUCGACUAGCAACAUCAAUCAAGGACUUUCAGAUAAUAGUGGAUCUCCUGAAGUGAACCUGUGCUCUCAAAA